AUGUCACAGAUUGAGACUCUUACCAUUGGUUGUGAGGAUCUCAGUAAACGUCCCUCUGUAUCACGGGAUCUCGCUCAGUUCAUCUGUAAGUUGACUCAUCUGAAGGCCCUGACACUUUACGGUCAAUAUCACGAUGACUUCUACUCAACAUUGUCAUCGAUGGUAUCAUCUGUAAAGAUUGCGACUCUUAUCAUCAAUAAUAUGCGUAUCAGGGAACGUCCCUCUGCAUCACGUGAUCUCGCUCAGUUCAUCUGUAAGUUGACUCAUCUGAAGGCCCUGACACUUCACGGUCGGUAUCACGAUGACUUCUUCUCAACAUCGUCAUCGAUGGUAUCAUCUGUAAAGAUUGCGACUCUUAUCAUCAAUAAUAUGCGUAUCAAGGAACGUCCCUCUGCAUCACGUGAUCUCGCUCAGUUCAUCUGUAAGUUGACUCAUCUGAAGGCCCUGACACUUCACGGUCGGUAUCACGAUGACUUCUUCUCAACAUCGUCAUCGAUGGUAUCAUCUGUAAAGGUAUAGGUUUGAUCAUAUUUUGUAGGACUCUUAGUUAAUCUUUCCUAUAUAGCCAAACGCAAGUGUUUAUUUUUACUUUCCCAAUUGGUACACAUAAAGAGAAAGCAGGUUGGAAAAGUUGAACGUUUCAGGAAGUGGAUGCGAAAAGUGAACCUUCUGUCAUAAGACAAAAUCAGAGUGAAGAUUAUAAGAUUGGUAGUGAAUUUAUAUAUACCAUAUUUUAAUUUCAUAUGACAAUUUGGAGUGCUACGGAAUUGCUGAUGGAGAGGCUAUUUGAAUAAUGAAUACUGAUGAGAGUAAGUAUUUUAAUUUUUGAACUUACACAAAUGAAAACUCGAAUCUCUUCGUCCCCAUGUGUAUUAUUUCUGUAACCCUUUGAAAACUGCAAAGUGUUCUAUAUGUAAUUGUUUUUUUACAGUUUUCUGGAAGGUAAAACUAGCAUUAUUUAAUCAAAAUAAUGUCAGAAGAACGUAUUGAUUUUGCAAAUGAAUGAGGAUGGCACCUGUCCCAUUAUGUAAUUGUUAAAAGUAUUUAAAAGUAGUGCAAUAUCAUCAAUUUUUUUAAUCUAACAUAAUGUUACUAUCAUAACAGAUUAUCAAGUAUGAGGAUCAACCCCACCCCUCUACCUAUUCCGACGGGGAAAUGUAAAAGGGUUUGUAAGAUUACUGGAUCAUAUGCCCGGGGAAAAAUUUCGUCCUUUCUGACAAUCCAUCAAUAUAUGAUCAGGAUGUUCAAGUUAUCCCCUGAAUAAAGCACACGUUUUUCAAGAGUAGUGUAAUUCAGGACUGGUUUGCGACCGUUAUGCUUUCGUUUUAUUCUCUUCUCUUCUCUAACACUUUACUUCAUGAAAUAACCGGUUAUCCAUAUAUAACCAC